CAUGAGGAGAGGCGAGAGGGAAAGACCAGGUGAAGGGGCAGAAAAGGCAGGUGAGAACCUGGAAGAGCUCAGUAAUCUGAAGCGUGCUGGGAAGAGACCGGAUUCCGGGCCAGAAAGGAUGCGGAAGACUGCUGAAGAAGGCCACCGAGUUCUGGUCGGGGGUGGAGAGAGGGAACACUUUUAAAGGGACCAAGACCCAGGAUAAGGUUCCCUCGACCCCGGGCCCCGUGUUCCCGGGCUAUGGCCCCCAGUGCCGUGUAGACCUGGCGGGAUCCCCGUGCUUGCGACCCCUAUUUGGGGGCCUGGGUGGCUACUGGAGGGCCUUGCAGAGGGGCAUAGAAGUCAGGACCAUGGCAUCCACGGCCUCUGGACUUCCCCCAGGGCGCAUCGUGACGGCAGGCAUCAUCAUUGUUGGAGAUGAGAUCCUCAAGGGACACACUCAGGAUACCAACACCUACUUUCUGUGCCGGACACUGCGCUCCCUGGGGGUCCAGGUGUGCCGAGUCUCUGUUGUCCCUGAUGAGGUAGCCAUCAUCGCUGCUGAGGUCACCUCUUUCUCCAGCCGCUUCACCCAUGUCCUCACAGCAGGGGGCAUCGGCCCCACUCAUGAUGAUGUGACCUUUGAGGCAGUAGCACAGGCCUUUGGGGAUGAGCUCAAGCCACACCCUGAGCUGGAAGCUGCCAUCAAAGCCCUAGGAGGAAAGGGCUGGGAGAAGCUGUCGCUGGUGCCCUCCUCUGCCCGCCUGCAUUACGGCACCGAUCCUCACACUGGCUGCCCCUUCAGAUUCCCACUGGUCUCCGUCCGAAACGUCUACCUCCUCCCAGGCAUUCCAGAGCUGCUGCGGCGGGUGCUGGAGGGGCUGAAGGGACUAUUCCAAAACACAGCUGUUCAGUUCCACUUGCGGGAGCUGUAUGUAGCAGCUAAUGAGGCCUCUAUCGCCCCCAUCCUGGCCCAGGCCCAGGCACACUUUGGACGCAGGCUUGGCCUAGGUUCCUACCCUGACUGGGGCAGCAACUACUAUCAGGUGAAGCUGACGCUGGACUCGGAAGAAGAAGGGCCCCUGGAGGAAUGCCUGGCCUACCUGACUGCCCAUCUGCCCCAGGGAUCGCUGGUCCCCUACACACCCAACGCUGUGGAGCAGGCCAGUGAGGCUGUAUACAAACUCACUGAGUCAGGGUCAUCUCUGGGAGCAAAAGUGGCAGGUGCCCUGCAGACCAUCGAGACUGCCCUGGCUCGGUACAGCCUCCCCCAGCUCUGUGUGGGCUUCAACGGGGGCAAGGACUGCACUGCCCUCCUACACCUCUUCCAUGCAGCUGUGCAGAGGAAAUGCCCUGAUGCUCAAGAACCCCUCCAGAUCCUGUAUGUCCGCAGCAUCUCCCCUUUCCCUGAGCUGGAGCAGUUUCUACAGGACACCAUCAAGAGGUACAAUCUGCAGGUGCUGCAGGCUGAAGGUGACAUGAAGCAGGCCCUUAGUGAUAUGCAGACGCGGCACCCCCAGCUGGAGGCCGUCCUGAUGGGCACCCGCCGCACCGACCCCUACUCCUGCAGCCUCUGCCCCUUCAGCCCCACUGACCCAGGCUGGCCUUCGUUCAUGCGCAUCAACCCGCUGCUGGACUGGACCUACAGAGACAUCUGGGACUUUCUGCGUCAACUGUUUGUCCCAUACUGUAUCCUCUACGACCGAGGCUACACGUCACUGGGAAGCCGGGAGAACACGGUGCGGAACCCGGCCCUGAAGUGCCUGAGCCCAGGCGGCCAGCCCACCUACCGUCCAGCCUACCUACUUGAGAACGAAGAUGAGGAGCGCAACUCCCGCACGUGACCUCCCCUUCCUGCCUGCUCCAGGAGGGAGGGAAGGAGGCUGACCUAGAGCAUAACCUGUCAAUAAACCGUGCCUCUCAUGUG